AUGGCUGCUACUAAGCUCAAAAUUGGCUGUGCUGGUCUCGGUCGCAUGGGCAAGCGCCAUGCCCUCAACUUCCUCCAGCGAACUCCCCGUGCCGAGCUGGUCGCCGCUAGCUCCCCUGACGAUGCUGAGCUUGAAUGGGCUAAGGUUCAUCUUGAACCAUAUGGCGUGAAGUUAUACAAGAACUACGAUGACAUGCUCCGCCACGAAGGUCUGGAAGCCGUGGUCGUUGCAUCGGCCACCGCCGUUCAUGCCGAACAAGCCAUCAAGGCCAUCGAUGCUGAAAAGCACGUUCUGUGCGAGAAGCCUUUGUCAACCAGUGUCGAGAUCUCCUUUUCCUAG